ACCAAGCAUGCUUGAUAGUGGACAUCAUUUACCAUUUAGCCAUGCAUUACCUUUCUAAACCAUAACUUAGCUUAGGAAAUGGAUUCCCUAUAUAAAACCAGCUUCCACAGAUUGGUUAAUAAGGAGUAAGAUCUUGAAUUGAGGUAGAAGUUGAAGGGAAUAAUAGUCAUGAGGAGAGACAAUUCGACGGCGGUGGCGGCACUGGCCCUGGGGCUCAUCGUCAUGGCCCUGGUUGGCCAGUGUUACGGGCAGUUGAACGUUGGUUUUUAUCAAGGAAAGUGUCAAGAUGUUGAUUUUGAUGUUGAGCAAUUUAUCCGUCAGAGAGUGGAAUCGGCGUAUGAACAAGACUCUACUCUCGCAGCUGCUAUGCUUCGUAUGCUCUUCCAUGAUUGCUUUGUUAGGGGAUGUGAUGCAUCAAUUCUACUCAAUGGAAAUGACACUGAGAAGACUGCCGGGCCAAAUAGAACAGUUAGAGGCUACGAACUCAUCGAGGAUAUAAAAAAGGCUGUGGAGGAAAUUUGUCCAGAAGUUGUUUCUUGUGCCGACAUAAUUGUCAUAGUCACAAGAGUUACUGUAUACUUGGCAAGCGGCCGCACAAAUUGGUACGACGUCGAAACUGGAAGACGAGAUGGCGUUAUCUCUCGUGCUAGUGAAGCCAAGAGCAACCUACCUGCACCAGACGUGCCCGUGCCCAAGGCCGUAUCAAUGUUUAAUGUCAUAGGAUUAUCUGUAGAAGACUUUGUCCUUCUUAUGGGUGGUCAUACUGUUGGCAUAUCACAUUGUGUCAAUUUUCAAGAUCGUUUGUACAAUUUCGGAGGCAAUCCCGGAGCAUCCGACCCGAGCAUUCAUCCAAAGUUUCUACCAGUUCUUAAGAGUACAUGUCCAAAGAAUGGAACUGGUGUUAACUUCACCAAUCUUGACCAAAUAACUCCCAAGUCUGUAGACAAUGGCUACUACAACUCAAUACGAAAACGUCUUGGAGUUCUACAAAUUGAUCAAGACAUUGUAUUUAACCCAUUGACAAGCUCAAUUGUGGCACAUUUUGCAGCUAACAAGGCUGAUUUUGAUCUUAAUUUCGGUGUUGCAUUGAAUAAUUUGGCUAGAGUUGGUUGUCUUUCAGGCACACAAGGUCAGAUUAGGACUACUUGUGGCUCUGUUCGGGGUUAAGAAAUUGAGUCAUCUUAUAAUGGAACAUCCAUUUUUAACUAGUUUCUAUUAUUUGGAUUUAGUUUGUUGUUUUGUUCUUUCAAUCACUCAAUGUUUUUCUUGUACCCGACUUCUUAUAGAGGUUGUUAUUGGGUUUCCAACUCCAUGUGUUUUUUCUUAUAAUUAAGUGAUAUAUUAGGGUCUAAUUCUUGUUUA